AUAGGCCAAUGCCACUCACUGUCUGAUCCAAGUUAGGAGCUUUCAGCUGCCAGCCGUGGCCCAUUAUGUAAGUGCCGCUGAGAAUUAUUUGCAGUGCCAUUGCAAAACGACCCGUUUCCUGACCGUUUUGCAAGGUGUGCAAUUGUAAUAUUGCUCUUUGCACGGACACACACGGUUCAGACGCAAAAAGGCUCCAAGUGCAUGAAGAUCGCGGCUUGUAUUCCGCAUCCUUGUUGCAAAGCAAGUCGCUGAAGCAAGCUUCGGUGCGAGGGCGAUGGAGGGAGGGAGUGAGAAAGAAGGCAACGUCUCUAGUGCAUCCCCUCCCCCCCAUCAAAGCAAAGGGGAAAUGUCUCAGCCAAAGGGAGGUAAGAGGAAGCCUGGGCUCAAGCUCUCCAAGGAAGUGUUUGAGCAGCCUCCUGCUGCUGCUGCUACACCCCCAAGAGAUUUGGAUUCGAAAGCUUGUGUGACCAUUGGAGAGAAGAACUUUGUGGUGAAGGCAGAUGACCUGGAGCAGAUUGGCGAGCUGGGGAGAGGGGCGUACGGCGUGGUGGACAAGAUGAGGCACAUGCCCAGUGGCCUGAUCAUGGCAGUCAAGAGGAUCCGUGCCACAGUGAACACCCAGGAACAGAAGAGACUGUUGAUGGACCUGGACAUCUCUAUGAGGACAGUAGACUGCUUCUACACAGUCACCUUCUACGGCGCACUCUUCAGAGAGGGUGAUGUGUGGAUCUGUAUGGAGCUGAUGGACACCUCUCUGGAUAAGUUCUAUAAGCAGGUGAUAGAAAAAGGCAUGACCAUCCCUGAAGAUAUCCUGGGAAAGAUGGCCGUCUCGACAGUGAAGGCUCUGGAACAUCUGCACAGCAAUCUGUCAGUCAUCCACCGAGAUGUGAAGCCAUCCAACAUAUUGAUCAACACCCAAGGGCAGGUGAAGAUGUGUGACUUUGGGAUCAGUGGUUACCUUGUGGACUCUGUGGCCAAGACCAUGGACGCAGGCUGCAAGCCCUACAUGGCGCCGGAGAGGAUCAACCCAGAGACUAAUCAGAAAGGCUACAAUGUCAAGUCUGACAUAUGGAGUUUAGGAAUCACUAUGAUUGAACUGGCCAUCCUGCGGUUCCCCUAUGACUCCUGGGGCACGCCCUUCCAGCAGCUGAAGCAGGUGGUGGAGGAACCAUCGCCCCAGCUCCCUGCUGACCAGUUCUCCCCUGAGUUGGUUGACUUCACCUCCCUGUGCUUAAAGAAAAAUUCCAAAGAGAGGCCAAACUACCCAGAACUCAUGCAACAUCCCUUCUUCAUCUCCCAUGAAUCCUUAGACACCGACGUGGCUAGCUUUGUCAAGGUCAUCCUCGGGGACUGACGAGCGCCCUGAUCAAACCCAACCCAAUGCUCUGACCAAUGGCCACGGGGGAGGCGGACCUACAAAAAAAAGCACCAAUCACAAACCCUAUUACCUGCGGGACUCCACCCCCUCCCUAGUUCCCGACCCCCUCCCUUUGGCACAGUGCAGAUGGACAUUAGAGGAACUCAGAGGAACUGAGUGAGGAGUUAACCUUAAGGCCUUAAGGCCCUUGCAUAUUAGAUAUGGGCAGGGGGCCAAGAUGGGGGAAAUUACUGGAAUUUUCAGUAUUGGAGCACCGGUCCAUAUAUAAUCUGGAUUCAUUUAAAUGUACAAUAAUAUCUGUCUGAAAUGUGAUUUCCCCCUCUCCUCGACCUCUAAAUUUGUCCCACCCUUGUUACUGUACUAGACCCAGUACUAAAACAGAUUUCAUUGUUAAAUGUUAGUGAAUUAAGCAACGUGUGGAUUAUGCCCUGUCCUAUACAGUACCACAGCAUGAGUCAUAAUACCCAUAAAACCUAGCGGUCAAACAGGGAAAUAUUUCCAAUCGUUUUUUUCUACCAUUCAUUUUUCCCCAUUGGGGAUUUUAGAAACACUUAAAAUAAGGUCUGUGUUUGGUGUAGACUUACCGUGACGUGACGUUUUGAUUACCAUGUAAAUCUCUCUUCAGUCUUUCAUCAAUAUAUUCGCCUGUAUUUACCCCCCCAAAAAAAUUAAAUGCUAAUUAGCUGCUAAUGUUGCUAUCAUAAAGAUCUACAAAUGUCGUGAUGAUCUGGACUGCCGAAUCGAGGCAAAGGUAAGAAUCUCUGGAUCACAGGAGGCUACUGAGGGGAGGCUCAUAAUAACGUCUGGAAUGGCAUCAAACACAAGGAAAGCAUGUGUUGGGGCCUCCUGGGUGGCGCAGUGGUUAAGGGCGCUGUCCUGCAGCGCCAGCUGUGCCAUCAGGCUCUGUCGUAACCGGCCGCGACCGGGAGGUCCGUGGGGCGACGCACAAUUGGGCUAGCGUCGUCCGGGUUAGGGAGGGUUUGGCCGGUAAGGGAUGUCCUUGACACAUCGCGCACCAGCGACUCCUGUGGCGGGCCGGGGUGCAGUGCACGCUAACGAAGGUUGCCAGGUGCACGGUGUUUCCUCCGACACAUUGGUGCGGCUGGCUUCCGGGUUGGAUGCGCGCUGUGUUUUAAGAAGCAGUGCGGCUUGGUUGGGUUGUGUAUCGGAGGACGCAUGACUUUUGACCUUCGUCUCUCCCGAGCCCGUACGGGAGUUGUAGCAAUGAGACAAGAUAGUAACUACUAAAACAAUUGGUUACCACGAAAUUGUGGAGAAACAUAAAAAUAAAAAAAAAUAAAACCAUGUGUUGGACACCAUUCCAUUAACUGUGUUUCAGCCAUUACUAAAAACCCAUCCUCCCCAAUUAAGGGGACACCAGCCACCUGUGCUCUGGAUUAAUUAUCUGAUAUUAGUAAUUAAUAAAUUGGCUACAUUUCUUUAAAUGGGCAAUUCUGUGUAGUGUCUUGUGCAAGUUUUAAAUUGACACAAUACCUAUUAGCAAAGGUGUAUUCUUAUUGAUUUAUUUUUACGUUUAAUUUGAUUUGAUGUGCAGGAGCUUGCAGGGAUUUGUAAUGUGCGUGUUGUCUGCUUUGUGCAGGAGCUUGCAGGGAUUUGUAAUGUGCGUGUUGUCUGCUUUGUGCAGGAGCUUGCAGGGAUUUGUAAUGUGCGUGUUGUCUGCUUUGUGCAGGAGCUUGAAGGGAUUUGUAAUGUGCGUGUUGUCUGCUGUGAUGCUAAUAAGCAUUUGUUUAAAUCUGAAAGUCACCUUGUCCUAGAGAGAUUUACAUGGUUACCAUAACGUCACGUCGGGCUGAACAGCCCAUAUUUUAAGUGUUUCUAAACUCCCCAACGGGGAUAAAUGAACGGUAGAAAAAAACGAUUGGAACCAUUUCCCUGUUUGACCGCUAGGUUUCAUGGGUAUUAGGACACCUCCACUGUGGGUCUCUAUUGGUCAACCCCUGAAAUAUUUUCAAACCCAAUGUAAGAAAACAGAAAACAGUUUUUAAAAAACAAAACAAAACAAAAAACAACUGAAAGUGAUAUGAAUACAUCUAUGUAUUAUUACUCAAGCUCAAGUGUUGCAUUGGUUUACUAAUUCACUGCAUGUACAGAAAAUAUAUAAUAUAGAAUGGGACUGGUAUCAGUCGCCUGUGAAAGGACCGAGAGAUUCAGAUUCUCAACUGUCCGGUGGUUGAGCAGUACACAAGUCUGUAAUGGUUGGAGGUCUCAUUCAGAAGUGCAGUGGGUUUGUCAAUGGAAGUUACUGCUCUUUGCUCUCAACUGCUCUCUCGUGUAUAGGUCUACUACACAUUGUGGGCUUUGUGUGUGUGUGUUCGGUGUCUCUGUGUGUGUGUGUGUGUUCGUUGUCUCUGUGUGUGUGUGUGUGUGUGUGAGGAGUGUGCGUCUGUGUUUAUGUGGGCUCCUUCUAUGUGUGUUACAUGGGUUUAAAGUGAAGUAUAUGUGGUCGCUGUGGUCCUAGUCACUUCCUGAAUAUUCUUCGCUUCUGAGCCAGUCACAAUACUUUCCCCACUGUAUGUUGAACUGGAAUAGACUAAUAGUUAUACUGCUAUUAUUUUUAUUAUUAUUAUUAUUAUUAUAUAGCUUAUAUUUAUGUAUACUGACGAGAUACAGGAUACUGAUAUAUAUUAACUGCUGUUUUCCCUUUGAAAACUUAGUAUUAACAAUAUACCGUCUUAUUUUACUGCGUGUGCGUGUGUGUGUGUGUGUGGUGUCGUUCUUGACAGAAUGCUUUAAUGAAUCAGUUACUUAUAACACAAGCCUUAUCUGUGCCUCUAAAAAUACAGAAAACAAAAUAACUGUUGGCAGGGAAACGAGAUGUGCUGUAUUCAACAAGGCAAGUCCCCCCCCCCCCCCCCCCCCACACACACUUUAUUCACUCGGGCAUGUGCCCCUUUCUGUCCAAUGGGGUAAUUUAUGGACAAUAUUUAGGGUGUGCCCCUUUUGGCUCAAUAACACCCCCAGAGGCAAACAUCAUGUACAGUCCUUUAGUUCACUGUUAACUCCUCCACAUUACUCGAUAUAAUCAUCAAAUCUACUCUACCUGUUGAACACUGCAGGAGCAUAUCGACUCACAAUUAGCUUGCACAGGUUCUAUAAUGGAGCUGUUUUUGCACUUACCCCCCCUCCCUCCUCCCCAUUUUGUUUUAUCAUUAAGUUGACCUAUUUGGACGACAGUAUCAUAUUAACUCACCACUUGCUUGCAUAGGCUUCAAAAUGUAUUUGUUAGCAUACUCUCUCACCCCUCUCCACCCCGACCGAACCCAGUCUACUAGAUUGUGACAGUCGUGUCAGUCUUUGGUUUCACAACUGUGGGAUGAAUAGAGUCUGACGUAUGCAGUGGUAGUUCGAUGUCGUGUCAAAACACAUACAACUCAUUUACAUGAGAUUCAAAAUACAUUAAAAAAAUUAAUAAUAAUUAAACACUUCUGAAACUGUA